AUGUGUGGCUGGUGGCUCCGGGGCUGCUGCGCCCUCCUCAGACAAGAUAUUCCUGUUCUAGCUAAUGCUAGGAGAUGCUAUUUCUCAGGACUGAGUGGCUCAUGGAAUAAAGUGGGUUUUGGAGUAGCCUUGUGUGCAGUCCCUAUUGUACAAAAACAUGAGCCCACUUCUCUCAGCCAUGAAGCCUUGAUUAGAAAGGCAGUUUUGCUGGUAACAGAUGGUACUUGUACUCUUCUCUCUCAAAAAACGUAUGUAUUAAUUGAAGCACUAACAGAGUAUACAAAGGCGGAUCACACACUGGUGUGUUUCUACCAGCAGUAUACAGAUCUUCUUGGGAAAAUGAAUUCCAAAGAGGAGGAUGCAGUAUGGCAGGUGAUCAUAGGUGCAAGAGUUGUGCUGACUCCAAAGCAGCAAGAAUUCCUGAAAUUAGAAUCCAGUUGGAUGACUUCUUUACGUCUUUCAGAGAUGGCAGCGGAAGCUGCAUAUCGAUCCGGUGCACAUCAAGCUUCAGUGACCGCUUGCAAUCACAUCCAGCCGGUGAAAACACAGGUACAAGAGGCAGGACAGCUAUCACGGAAAGCAGAGACCACGUUAGUGGAACCUCAGACAGAAGAACUCACUAACUGCCUGCCUCUGAACUCCUGA